CGUUUUUAAAGAAUCUACGAGUACACUCAAGAUCGACGAGGAGAUUCCUCUGAGAUCGCUCUGGAACCAUAAUCUAUGUCGCUGAAUUCACUAUCAAACAGCGCUACUACUUCAUAUGCUCACGUACUCUUUCUUUCGAUUUUUCUAGAGCCAUUUGAUUAGCUCUCGGGUGUCUGUCUUGCUCCUUCUCUGGUUCACUGACCAUAACUGUUUGGGUUUGUAUUUAGAGGCUCUAAAUAUAGAACAAGUCCACCGCGCCGCCAGGUAUCAAUCACUAUAAAGACCUAUACAUUUAAUACAUUUUGGUCUUGAAAUGACUCUGCCGUCAUGGCAGCCCCCCAGAGAAAAAAGCUUGGGCUCUCGAUUUGAGCCAUUUAAAGUUUGGAAAAAAUCCUUUUAAAUACACAUGACUGUAAAAGGAACUUGUUAGAUCGAAAGGGUACAAGUCUAGUAUUGUAGAAAAUCAGUCUUUGGGUAAAUCUAGUCGGCCAUGAAUUAAUUGUUUCCGCCUCGCUGCCGGUAACACUCGAUCCUGAUAAUCCAAUACGCGGAUUUUCAUAGUCAUAACUCAUAGCACGAUUUUUUUUAUCCUUAACAACUUGGGACACUUAGGGACUUUCGUGACACAGGUGAAGAGAGAAAUUAUUCUUUUCAAGACAUUUUGAAGAAUGAUCUGUAUCAGGUUCUUUUCCGCUUGUCGCCCACGGUGGCGUGCAAUACUCCUGUAAUUGUCUGAUUAUGUGACCGGUGUUUCCUUUGGGUGGCUGCGUAACAGCCCAGUGUUUCCUGAGGCACGCGAUGAAUACAAACCACAAAAGAACAACAUUGAAUGUGUGAGACCAGAAUCUCCGCGCAACCACAAGACCACAACAGCCGCGAAAACCUGUCAAAGAAUUUGCUUGUUAAAAUUCUGGAAGGUCAUUAAAUUUCGGUGUUACCGUUUGGGCACUCAUUUAUAACGACUUGACUUCAAUUGAAAGAGCUGCCUCUUAAGCAAGCAAUUUGUCGUUUCUUCCCACCCACAGAAUCAUCUACUCUCCUGUGUAACAUUGUGAAAUAUUUAAUAUGGCGACCCUCACGGAUAGGGCGUUUGGUCAAGAUUUCGAAAUGAAAGACUUCAUUGGCCAAGGAACCUUCGCAAAAGUCUUCAGAUGCGUGGAAAGAAAAACUGGGCGCGAUUUUGCAGUGAAGGCCUUUCAAAACGAAGAUGAAAAUUUUGAUCCGAAGCUCAUUGACAACGAAGUUGAUAUUUGGAGGACAUUACAGCACCGCAACAUUGUAUCUCUAUACAAACGUUUUCAUGAGCAUAGUCGCGUGUGGGUUGUGCUGGAAUUCGUGAGUGGAAAAACUCUGCUGGAGGAAAUAAUGAAUCAAAUCGUGUUUCCUGAAGAAGAAAGCAGAAAUAUUAUACUGCAGCUUAUGGAGGGCCUUGAGUACCUUCACCGAAACAGAAUUGUUCAUCGUGACAUUAAAUCGGACAACAUUCUCCUACAAAAAGUUGAUGGUAAAACGAUCGUGAAACUCACAGAUUUUGGACUUGCACGUCGACUUCCGCAGGACUCUGACGUCAUCAAAUGUGACGUGCAAGGCACACCAUUGUACCUCGCACCUGAAACAAUUCUAGCCGAUCCUAUUGGUCCAGCGGUUGACAUCUGGGCAUGCGGAGUGAUUCUGUUCUUGUUACUUGUGGGUUAUCCACCAUUCUGGCAAAAUGAUGACAGGAAAUUGAUGUUACUGAUUGUUGAAGGAUGCUACAAUAUGUCAGCGCGCUACUGGGACGAAGUGUCAGAUGACGCUACAGAUCUUGUCAAACGAAUGCUUGUGGUUCAUCCUCACAAGCGAGUAACAGCUUUUAAAGCUCUGAAUCAUCCGUGGAUAACAGACUUUGAAGGAAAUGAGGAGGAGGCAAAUGGACACUGUACAAAUAAUUUUAUUUCAAGAUAGCAAGCACAAUCACCAAACCGUAAUUGAGAAAGUCCUAUUUUCCUAGUAUCCGAGUUCAGCUAUCCGCGAAAAAGUGAUCGAUAUUGUCCGGAAGGUCAAUAACUGAAAACAACCAAUCAGAUUGCUCGAUUGCUAGCCUAAUAUUCAAGUCUUCGACCGGGUAAUGUCCCGGAUUAUCUCGUCCAAAAACUCUUAUUAUUUUUCUUUGUUCCUUGCUUUUUUGCGGAAAACGUCAGGCUCUCAAACAGAGUUGCGCUAUUACAUUUUAUGUUGUCUUCACAGUUUGUUAUGGUGGGAUUCUUUUCUAACAUUAUCAGUCAUGUAAUAAAUCUCUUAUUAGCCAGCCGAACGUGCU